AACAGCCGUCGCAUCUUUUUUACCUUUAACCCAAAUCCAAAAUUCUGGAGCUCAAACGCACGCGCUAAUGGAGUUGAGAUUCUCCUUCUACUUCUAGAGCCUCACCGCCACCCUCCUUAUAUAUAUAUAUAUAUAUUUCUCUGUGUAAUCAAAUCCCUUAUUUUCCGCCAUUCUAUCUCCAUAAUCUUCUUCCUCCUCCUCCUCUAAUAUAUUAUUACAAUUUGAUUUGUUUCUUCAAAUGCCUACAAUUACUAGCUAGCUAAAAGCCAGCUAGAGAGUGAGUUGGGAUUGGGAAUGAUGAAAAGCUGAGAAAUGGGCUUCAGUUUCCAGCUCCACAUUUUCGAUCCAAGAUUUGUUGUGGGUUUUGUUUUUUAAGAGUGGUAAUUUUAGUUCUGGAAAAAUGGGGGUUUUGGGGGACUCGUGGUGUUUCUGCAAUGGUGGCGGCAAGUCGGAGAGAAUCAAGGCCGCUAUUUUCUCCGGGAAGGCUCCGGCAAUGGCCAGAAUCAAUGGUGGCGGCACCGGCUUCUUGAUCCACCGGAAUCUGCUUCUCACCACUCACGCUAAUCUCCCGUCCGUUGCUGCUGCUGAAGCUGCCGAGAUCCGGCUCCACAAUGGCCUCUCCGCUAGCCUUUUUCCUCAUAGGUUCUUUAUCACAAGCUCUGUUCUUGAUCUGACAAUGGUGGGCCUUGAUGCUAUGGAUGGAGAGUCAAGUGCACCUGUGCAGCAACUUCACUACUUGAAAACUUGUUCAAAACCAAAUCUGGAGCUGGGAAGUUUAGUUUAUCUUUUAGGAUAUACAGAGAAACACGAGUUGACCGUGGGUGAAGGUAAGGUAGUAAUAGCUACUGACAACCUGAUUAAGAUGUCGACUGAUGGAGUAAACUGGAGUCCAGGUUCUGCUGGUUUUGACGUUCAUGGCAAUCUUGCUUUCAUGGUUUGUGAUCCUAUGAAGCUCGCAACAUCUCCAAAUACCAAAUCCUCCUCAACUUCUUCAUCCUCAUCAUCAUCAUGGAAAAAGGACCUGCAAUUUGGUAUCCCUAUUCCCAUCAUCCGGGAUUGGCUGAAUCAGCAUUGGGAGGGGAACCUCGAUGAACUGAACAAACCAAAAUUACCAUUGAUACGGUUGAUGUCCUCGGGCCAGAAAAGUGAGCAUUCUUGUGCAUCAUUCACAAUGCGUCAAGUCUUUAAGUCAACUGAAGGUGAGAAAGAGGGGACAACACCAACAUCAUCGAACAUAAUAUCCAGACCAACAGACCAGCCCGGACCAAGUUCAGCUGUUGUCAACAAUUUGGAGAACGAGAACUCGUCUGGCGAUCCACAAGGUGCAACACAUGUGCCAGGGAUUCCAACCCCAGAAAUUUUUGAGUCCCCUAUGUUGACUUCAACGCCAGUAAGGAAGAAUGAUAUUACUCAAAUUCAGCUCUUGGAUAUCAAUUUUCCACCAAGAGUUGCUAAAGCUGCACUAUCACCAAAACAACUAGGAAAGCUGCUGCCGAGCUGUGACCAGAAUUACGUCAAGGAUUUCUUAUUGCAACCACCAGCCAAAGAAGAACAACAUUGUGAAAGAAGGCCAUCUGACCUCAUCCCUGAUGCUGAAUCAACAGGAUCUAUUAAUGGAGCCCAGAGCGAAGUUCAAUCAAGUUCAUCCCGAGUUGAUGUUUCAGAGAUACCGCAUGAAUACAGCAGCGAAGGAGAAACAACCAUGUAUUCUGCUGAAACUGCCGAAAGUCGGAACUAUACAAGUCCAAGAGAGGGAAAGUUUCAUGAAGUUGGAAGGAGCCAGAGCUGCGUAAACCCCAACAGAUGGGGGCCGAUGCAAAGAAAUCACAUUGGCCGUGGGGCUAUGCUGGAACGGCACAGGAACUUCACGCAAGGGAGGAAAGUAUAUUCGCAAGGCGCAACUUCUCAAAGGAGCAACGACUACUUCAGCCCAACAGUUUCUUCGAUCAUGAAGAAGCGGAACAAUUUGGAGCAACCAAACAGGCCACGGCAAAGUGCAGGCCAUACAUCUCCAAGGGGAUCCCUCCCUGAAAUCCUUGACCAUGAUCUCCAAUGUCCUCCGCCCAUAACUCACCACCUCAGUCGAAGACGCAGGAGCAGCCUCAAACACCAACUGAUUGCGGCUCUACCAAAGCAACCAGCAAAUCAGCAAGAACAGAUCAAAGUCUCGGCCCUCCAAUGCCUCUCCAACAGUUCACAUCCAAUCUUCCACGUCCCAAGAAACGCUGGCAAUGAUGGCUCAUGGCAAUCCUGACAGCGCCCCCAAACCUGUCCCGCGAAGGUGCAUUUCAGCAACACGUGUGAAAUAUCGUCGGUCACAUACUGGCAGCGCGCGCCACGCACCCGUCAUUUUUAAAAGGUGAGCUGUGUCAACCAUCCAACUACCUACUGCACAUUAGGUAUAGCAUCUACAGAACAUGAGAAGCAAAAUUAACGAUGCAGGAUAUAUUAAGAUUGUAUUGUAAUUUUUGUUCCAAGAAAAUCAGUUUUGUGGAAACAUGAGAUAUAAUUUGG